CCGGAAGUGGACUAGCGAGGAAGCAGCUGGUGAUGCGGGAGCAAACAUGGCGGCCCUGGCGCCCUUCGGCCCAGCGGGCGCUUGCUGUCUGCGCCUGGCCGCGGGCCUCCGGCUGCUUUCGAUACUAGGGCUGCUCCCGCUGCUGGCCGAGCCCGGCCUGGGCCGCGUCCACCACCUGGCACUCAAAGACGACGUGAGGCACAGGGUGCAUCUGAACACCUUCGGCUUCUUCAGGGACGGCUUCAUGCGGGUGAAGGUCGGCAGCCUCUCCGUGAGCGACCCUGGGGGCAUCGCAGACAAGGAAGCCCCUAUCGGGUUCAGCCUGGAGCGCACGAAGAAUGACGGCUUCUCCUCGUACCUGGGUGAAGACCUGACCUACUGCAUUCUAAGGAAGCAGUCAGCCUCCGUCACACUGCUGGUCCUGGACAUCUCCAGAAGUGAGCUGAAAAUCAGGUCUCCGCCGGAAGCUGGCGCCCAGCUGCCCAGGAUCAUCUUAGACAAGGAUGAGAAGGUCCCCGGGCAGAGCCAGGGGCCUGACACAAGCCCCCCAUCUGCACUCACGUCCAGAGGCAGCCAGGCUGAGCCGGCGCCAGGUGGCGGAAAGUCAAAAAGAAGCGCGGCCGACGCCAGGGCACCGGGAGAGAAAUCCUUCUCCAUUCAUAGCAAGGCCGGGGCAGUGUCCUUUCAGUUUUCCUUUAACAUCAGCACGGAUGACCAAGAAGGCCUUUACAGUCUUUAUUUUCAUAAGUGCUCAAAAAAUGAGCAGCAGUCGAGUGACAAGUUUUCGUUCAGCCUUGAUAUCAUGAUCACAGAGAAGAAUCCCGACAGCUACCUCUCGGCGGGGGAGAUCCCGCUGCCCAAGCUCUACGUCUCCAUGGCCGCCUUCUUCCUGCUCUCCGGGGCCAUCUGGACCCACGUCCUCAGGAAGCGCCGGAGCGACGUGUUUAAGAUCCACUGGCUGAUGGCAGCACUGCCCUUCACCAAGUCUCUCUCCCUGGUGUUCCACGCGAUCGACUACCACUACAUCUCCUCCCAGGGCUUCCCCAUUGAAGGCUGGGCCGUGGUGUACUACAUAACCCACCUGCUGAAGGGGGCGCUGCUGUUCAUCACCAUCGCACUCAUCGGCACAGGCUGGGCUUUCAUCAAGCACAUCCUCUCCGACAAGGACAAGAAAAUCUUCAUGAUCGUCAUCCCACUCCAGGUGCUGGCCAACGUGGCCUACAUCAUCAUGGAGUCCACCGAGGAGGGCACCACGGAGUACAGCCUCUGGAAGGACUCGCUGUUCCUGGUGGACCUGCUGUGCUGCGGUGCUAUCCUCUUCCCUGUGGUGUGGUCCAUCAGACACUUACAGGAAGCGUCGGCCACGGAUGGCAAAGCUGCUAUCAACUUAGCAAAGCUGAAGCUCUUCAGACACUACUACGUCUUGAUCGUGUGUUACAUAUACUUCACCAGGAUCAUCGCCUUCCUCCUGAAGCUGGCUGUCCCCUUCCAGUGGAAGUGGCUUUACCAGCUCCUGGAUGAAACAGCCACGCUGGUGUUCUUCGUCCUGACGGGGUACAAAUUCCAGCCGGCUUCGGACAACCCCUACCUGCAGCUGUCUCAGGAGGACGAGGACCUGGAGAUGGAGACAGUGGUGACCACAUCGGGGGCGAUGGAGAGCGUAAAGAAAGUGAAGAAGGUGACCAACGGCCUGGUGGAGCCCCAGGGUGACUGGGAGGGCACUGCAUGAGGCGCAGGCCCUGCAGACGCUGCCGCCGUCGGAGAAGGCCAGUGACUCCAAGCGGCCCUGUCGGGGAGCGGGGGCGGCCCAAGCAGCGGCCCCGGAACACAGCGCACGGACCCUACUUGCAGACUCGCUGGGUUAACUGGGCCUGCAUGGGCCCAUGGUACCGGCAGCCAGGACUGGCCUGCAGGAGAGGACAGGGUCAGCCCUGGCUUCACCUCUUCAAUCGGGAGCUCUGGGGUUCAGGCAGCAGUGACCCCGAAUAUGUGGAGCCGAGAAAGACGCACCAGGGACGCAGACACGGCCAGACAGCACCAAGGACACGGGGGAAGGACGUGGUGGCUUUGGGGACAAAGGGGAGGGGCUGUGCCGGGCUCCUUCCUCUGGCCAGGCCCUGACCUCCUCAUGGGGACAGGGCUGGAACAGGGGCCAGCUCUGUCCUCACCACAAAGGCCCAGGCCGGAGGCUGCCACUGCUCGGCCACAGCUUUCCAUGUGGAGGCGGCAGGACCAGGCUGCAGAGGUGCCUCCUCUGCCUGCCGGGCCUCCUGGCCUCCUGGCCUGCCGAUCUCCUCUGCCUGUUUGCCUCUGCUCUGGGCUUGCAUCUGUGUCUGGGGUCCAAACUGGCGAGCGAGUGGGAGACGUCUCCCCCAAGCUGGGUCUGAGCGGCGCUGAGUGCAAGGCGUCGUUGGUAAAGCUUUGCCCUCCGUGGAGCCGGUGCGCCUGAGUUCAGAAAAGCUGGAGGCUGAGGCAGAGUUGGGCCUCAGGGCACUGCAGUCUCAGGAAGCCCCCAAAGCUCUGCACCCCUCAGAGCAGGGCCAGCUGCAAGGUUGCCAGGAGGAGCCACACUCUCCAGUGCCCCUGAGGGGGAGCAGAGGGGACCUGGGCUGCAGCCAGCAGUGCCUGCAGGGCCUCUCCCAACAGAAGGGCGGUGAGAAGCCGUGGGCCUGGCUGUGCCCCUUCCCUAGGUUCAGGAGCCUAGGAGGCAGAGAAUUCCCCGCACCGUCCUCACCCUAAAUGAUAUCGAGGACCACCGAGUCCUCUCUGACCUGGAUUAGCACCGGUGCCCCCACCUCCAUCCCUGGGUAGGUGGCUCCUGCUCACCCCGAGCAGGGCAGAGGGACCGGGCCAGGGAGCCCGCUGAGAACCGCUCUUGUUACCCUGGCCCUGUUCCGAGUGUGCGUGACAGGGAUGUGCUCCGCUUAGCUUUCUGUGCGUAAACAGCGCCUGCAGGACCCACGCAUCCCUCACUCCAGGGGGUGCACUUGUGAGCCCCUUGCCCGGGGAUGCCAACGCCCAGAUGCCAGACGCCUCCCCACCAGGAUGGGCCUGCGGAGACCUGAUUUCACCCUCUGGGUUGUGUGUGCUGGAGUUCAGACCAGGACCUCAUAUCCUCCAGCCAGUGUCCCAGCCCACACGCCAGCAUCAGAAGGAGAUGUCCCUGCUGUAGGUGGCUGGUGGCUGCAGCUGGGCAGCCCUGCCAGGGCGAGGAACCCGAAGGCCAGAGGGAGGCACAACGUCUUCCGGCUCGCAUCCCGGUGGUGGCCCUGAGUGCGGGAGGCUCCCGUCCUCUGCAGAAGGCUCCUGAGGGCAGCAUGGCUUCCUGGCGGCAGGAAGGUCGGCACCCACUCUGUCCUCCAGCUCUGAGCAGCUGGUGGCGCCCUCCCUGCAGCCCUCUUCCCCGUCCUGCUGCGCCUUCCUGUGCCGUUGUCCACGUCUCCUCUGGGAGCCUGCAGGUGCUGCUGGCUGGGAACUGUAAUAAAGUGUGUUUUGCUAGAAAAUUA